AUUUUUAAGUAAUAUUAAGAUCAAUAAAAACUAAAAGUUAACUUUUAAUAAUAUUUGUUUUAAAUUAUUAUACUAAAAAGGACGUUUUGUUGUUGGUAUCCAAAUAAAAUGAAAGUAGUCUUUAUUAAUAAAAGAAAAAAAUUGAUAUUUGAUAUUAUUUUUAUAUUUUUUUAAAAAAAAUAUUAUAUAAAAAAUACAUUUAAAUUAUUAGGUGAAAAGAUAAAACAAAAGAAAUUUUCCUAAUCAAUCAAGAAACGACAUGUGGCAGUAGUGGGCCACAAAAAAAAAGUUUCUAACAUGUUGAAAUUUUGCAACGAAUGUUUACACCACAUAGAUAAACCAAAUUUAUCAACCCUUCAUUGUAAAGGUUUCAACACAGUUGGAAUGAGUUUUCAACACUCUCAUUAUGGAUAGUAUUAGAGCAUCCGCAACAUAGAUCUUGAAAGAGGAAUCCUUAGGGAAAAAAUAAUUAAAUAAUUAGUGGAUUCUACCAAAAAAAGAUUUGAUCUUUAAAUUUUUUAAAUAAGUACUCUUUCUUAGUGAAUACUUGCACUAUUUAGAGGCAUCCACGACACGUAAGCGACCCGCGAUUGAUUGAUAUUUUUUUUUUUAAUCUGAAAAAGAAAAAUAAUAAUUAAAAAUCAAAAACUAAGGACUCCCAUGGAUAACACCAUUGCAGAUGCUCUUAGCACGACGAUUUAAAUUAAACAUUUUUUUGUUAACAACAAUAUUUUCUGUCUUAAACGUCAAGAAAAUUUUGAAAAUAAUUUUUCUCCUCGUAUUUGAAUAUAUGCAUGUAAAGAAACUGUCAAAUGUUGAUCAUUAGUUUUUUGCAGAUGUAACAAGAACCAGGAAAAACAUGACAUGAAUAGAUGAUAUUAGAGCAGCUACGAAUGUCUAAAUUAAGACAAAAAUAAUUCGUUAAAUUAAUAUUUCCUUUCGUAAUCCUCAAGGAAAUUUUACUUAUCUUCCAAGAAAAUAAAUCUGACAAAAGAGAAUCUGAGUAACAAGGUAACUUUCCACUAAUAGCUUCUGGUGUAAUUAAUUACUCUGUCAAAAACUAGAAACAAGAACAAGUAUGGAAACUGUAACAUUCUAAACAAUCAACGAUAAUUAAUGAUACAACAUGUAACAUAAUACUGCUUCAUAUCUCUCCUUCAAAAUACUCUCUUCUUUUCCUCUAUUUUCUUUUUGCCGUCUGUCUCUUGGAUUUGUUUUGUUUUUGUUUGAAUGGUUAUCCUCCACGAGAUAAGCAAUGAAGCCAAGACAACAACGGAGACUUCAGGCUCAAGUAAUUACUCUCUCCUGGAUCUGUCCAAACGCAUGAAACCUAGAAGAACUGCCUUGCCCAACACGGCGACAACAAAAUACAAAGGUGUUGUUCAGCAGCAAAACGGUCACUGGGGUGCUCAGAUAUACGCAGAGCAUCGAAGGAUUUGGCUCGGGACUUUCAAAUCCGCUGCUGAAGCCGCCGCUGCUUAUGAUAGCGCAUCUAUCAAGCUCCGAAGCUUUGAUGCUAACUCUCACCGAAACUUCCCUUGGUCUGAAAUCACGGUCCACGAACCUGACUUUCAAGUUCGCUACACGACAGAAGCUGUGUUGAACAUGAUCAGAGACGGUUCUUACCAACACAAGUUCAUAGAUCAUGUCAUGUCAAGAUCUCGUAUGGCCAACUUCAACAUCAUGGGAUCAAAACAGAGUCAACAAGAACCAAACAAGUGUUUCUCUUGCACGCAGCUUUUUCACAAGGAACUGACACCGAGCGAUGUUGGAAAACUGAACAGGCUUGUGAUACCAAAGAAGUAUGCAGUGAAGCAUUUACCUUCCAUAAGCGACGAUCAAGAAGAGGGUGAAGCUGUGGAUGAUGUUGAGGUUGUGUUUUAUGACAGUACGAUGAGACAAUGGAAGUUUAGGUAUUGUUACUGGAGAAGUAGCCAGAGCUUUGUCUUCACCAGAGGAUGGAAUGGUUUCGUCAAGGAGAAGAAUCUGAAAGAGAAAGAUGUUAUUGUUUUUUACGCUUGUGAAGUCCCGAGUAAUUUCAAAAAUAUAGAAGGGCAAAGCAACAAGUUCUUGAUGAUUGAUGUUGAUCACAAGGGUUUCGUGCCUCCCAAGGAAGAAAACAAAAUGGUUCAUAGGGAAGAAACGAAAACAAGAGACUUCUUUAACUCGAAGUUAGAAGAUGAAGAAACCAAACCAGAGGAGAUGAAAGGAGGGUUUAUGCUGUUUGGUGUUAGGAUCCAAUAGCUACUUUGAUAUUACGGAUUCUUUCUUAAUAACUUAAAAUUAUAGUUUUGGUUUUGAUUUGUACUACAUAGCCUCUUGAUUUACAACAGGCUUGUUUUUUUGGUUUUAAUAUUAGAUAUUGAUUGGCUUAAUGUCGUCACUCUUGAGUAGAUAAAAGAAGAAAAAACCAUUAAGGAGACAUUUAGUUAAUGUCACAAAAUCAAACAGCAGCAAGAGUUUUUAACUCUCUUCUCUAUAUGUACACAGAAAGCCAUCUUCUC